AUGACUGUAAUCUUACAAGGGAUCGAGAUUCAAAAUUUCACUGCCGCAACUCUGAGGUUUCUCUCACGAAACCCAGAUUUCAUAAAGCCUUCUGCUUUAGCAUCUUUAUAUUCCACAGUUUCUGGAGAAAUCGAAGAACAGUCGAAGAGAUACGAGUACCACAAUGUUGCUACAUGUAUCGCUACAUUGCAACGGUGUGCGCAGCGCAACGACUCCGUUUCCGGCGAACAGAUUCACGGUUUCAUGGUUAGGAAAGGGUUUCUCGAUGAAUCUCCUCGAGCCGUCACGAGCCUCGUCAACAUGUACGCAAAGUGUGGGCUUACGCGGCGGGCGAUCUCGGUCUUUGGUGGAUCCGAGCUUGAUGUGUUUGGUUAUAACGCUAUUAUUUCUGGGUUUGUGGUCAAUAGUUCUCCUUUGGAUGCGAUUGAGAUGUACAGAGAAAUGAGAGCUAAAGGGGUUUUACCUGAUAAGUAUACAUUUCCUAGUUUGCUAAAAGGAAGCGAUGCUAUGGAGAUUUCUGAUAUUAAGAAGGUUCAUGGGUUGGCUUUUAAACUUGGGUUUGAUUCCGAUCGUUAUGUUGGUAGUGCUUUAAUGACCUCUUAUUUAAAGUUCAAGUUAGUGGAGGAUGCUCAGAAGCUGUUCGAUGAAUUGCCUGAGAGAGAUGACAGUGUGCUUUGGAAUGCGUUGGUUAAUGGGUAUUCACAGAUUUUUAGAUUUGAGGAUGCUUUAAGAGUCUUUAGUAAAAUGCGUGAGGAAGGAGUAGCCAUGAGUAGGCACACCGUCACGGGGGUCUUAUCAGCAUUUACUGUGUUAGGGGAUCUUGACAAUGGCAGAUCGAUCCAUGGCCUUAUAGUGAAAUUGGGAUUUCAUUUCAGUGUUGCUGUGUCAAAUGCUUUGAUUGAUAUGUAUGGAAAGGGUAAAUGGCUUGAGGAAGCAAUUAAAAUAUUUGAAGCAAUGGAUCAUGAGAGAGACAUAUUUACAUGGAACUCGGUGUUGUGUGUUCAUGACUACUGUGGUGAUCAUGAUGGAACUUUAGCUCUUUUCGAAAGGAUGCUUUGUUCCGGAGUCCGACCUGACCUUGUUACGUUGACAACCGUUCUACCCACUUGCGGUCGUCUAGCUGCAUUGAAGCAGGGCAGAGAGAUUCAUGGCUACAUUGUCGUCAAUGGACUUUUAAACCGCAAUUCCAAAGAUGAAUUCAUACACAACUCCUUAAUGGACAUGUACGCGAAAUGCGGGGACUUGAGGGACGCUCAGUUGGUUUUUGACUUAAUGAGGAAUAAAGACUCAGCUUCUUGGAAUAUCAUGAUUAAUGGUUACGGUGUGCAGAGCUGUGGUGAGUUAGCUUUGGAUAUGUUUUCACGUAUGUGCAGAGCCAGUGUCAAGCCCGAUGAAAUCACUUUCGUUGGGUUGCUGCAAGCAUGUAACCACUCGGGCUUUGUGAGCGAAGGGCGAAGAUUUCUGGAAGAGAUGGAGGCGGUAUAUAACAUUGUCCCAACAAGUGAUCACUACACAUGUGUAAUAGACAUGCUUGGCCGUGCAGGCAAGCUAGAGGAAGCAUAUAAGUUAGCAAUAGCAAUGCCCAUGGGAGAUAAUCCUAUAGUCUGGAGAUCAAUAAUGUCUUCUUGUCGCCUCCACAAAAACACAGAGCUCGCACAGUUGGCAGGAAAAAGGCUACAAGAGCUCGAGCCAGAGCAUUCCGGAGGUUAUGUAUUGAUGUCUAAUGUCUAUGUAGAAGCUGGGAGAUAUGAGGAAGUGUCGGACAUUAGAGCGGAAAUGAGACAACAGAAUGUGAAGAAGAGACCAGGUUGGAGCUGUAUCGAGACCAAGAAUAGCAUUCACACGUUCAUCACAAACGAUCUGACUCACCCGGAAUUUGAAUCUAUCUCCCCUUGGUUAAGUCUGUUGACUUCUCAUAUCCGAGGUCAUGACUGUAUACUGCUUGACGACUAA